AUGCUCUAUGGGGCAGAGACGUGGCCAAUAAAGAAAGAACAAGAAAGAAGAAUGGAAGUGGCCGAGAUGAGAAUGCUGAGGUGGUUGUGUGAUAUCACAAAAAGAGAUAAGAUCAGGAAUGAAUUGAUCAGGGGGACAGUCAAAGUAUUAGAGGUUUCAAAAAAGGCUCAGGGAAGAAGACUCAAAUGGUUUGGUCAUGUCAUGAGUAGUGAAGAUGAACACGUAGUGUGUAAGAGGGUUAUGCACCUGGAGAUGGAGGACAGAAGAUGGAGGGGAAGGCCAGUGUUCAGGUGGAAAGAUAAAUUAUUGAAUGACAUGAAGGAAAAGGGUCUAAGAGAGCGAGAUGAACAGGACAGAGGAAGAUGGAAAAGGCUGACUAGAAACAGCGACCCCAUAUAG